UUCCUCCGCUAUCUUAUCAGAGAGUGGGGGAGAGGGAUGUGAAUGGCCGGCCAUGGACACAUGGGGUCUGGCUGCUGGCUGAUUUCAAACCUCCACAGGCCCGCCCGUGGUUACCUGAGCCCCUUGCCGUGCCUGCAGUUCCCUAAGGCAGAAGUGGUUCCCAGCAUGCAGUGGCAAUGACUCAUCUCUGCUUGCUUCUAGAUGCAGCUGGGGGCAGUGGUUAUCCAGGUUCUUGGCUGGAUGUUGGUUUGGAGCAGUUGGGGCAUCCUGGAGAUCCUCUCGAGGUCGAUGGAUUCCCGACUUCGUCGUCGUUUGCUGUCCUCCCGUCUGAGAGCAGUCCCACAGAGACAGACCGAGAGGCUGUGCAGGAGGCAGAAUACCCAGGAGGUGGCAGCGGCUCCCUGCCAGCCUAUGGAGCAGAAGCAGAGGGGAUGCGAGCCGCCGCCAUGCCAGUGAUCGCAAAGCCCGGACAAGGCCACCGUGGCAGAGUGUAUGAAGUUUUUCAAACAGACUCAGAUGUGGACACCAAGAGACCUCCGAGCAUUUCUCCCACCCCAGGCAGUCAAAGUGGUUUUGAGACAAGGGAGGUGCUGAAGUACUUUCUGAUCGGCACAGCAGUAGUGGCCAUCACUGUGCUAAUUGCAGUCCUGCUGUGCUGGGUCCGGAUGCGGCGGCAGCAGAGAAAAGAGUGGAUCUCUGCAGCUUCCACACAGCAGCUGGAAACCAUCAGCUGCCCUGCAUCCCCGCAGACCUGGAGCAGCUGCCCCAGCACACCUGAGUAUGAGGAUGAACACCAGCAACUUCUGCCACCCUGUUCCCCUCCAGCAUCCCCACCUUCCUUACAUAGGCCCCCUCCCUCAUGCUCUGCCAGCCCAUCCCCAGCUGCCCUAAUGCCACACGACCCACCCAGCACCCUACUGCCCCUGUGCCCCACCAGCCCUUCCCCAUCUCAUACAUUCUACACCCCACCCAGCAGCCCUGAGCCCCAGCCCGAACAGCCCCCCCAACCCCUGCACACACCGGUUGAGGCCUCUAGCAAGGGCACAAGGAGGCCUAUCAAGGUUAAGUGGCAGAUUUACCGCCCCAGAACCUUCCACCACCAGUUCCGGGGAACAGAGUUUUCUCCCCGGAUCAAAAGGGACAGAGUGCUCAGGUAG